UUGUAUAAUUCUGGAAGCCAAUGAGAGGGAAAAAAAAUUAAAAUAAAAAGAAUUGAUUAGAGAGAAGCGAGGUGGUGUGUGCAGCAGGAGGCGCAGCCCUAGUAGCCGACUGAAAUGUCGUGCUUAACAGAACACUGUACUAAAGCUGAACCCAUUCUGUCUCAUAUAAGCAUCAGAAUAUGUCUCUGUUUUCACCAUACAUACAAUAUUCUCUCUCACUCUCUCUCUCGUCUCAUUCAUUCAUUUCACUUCACUUCUUUUCUUUCCCAUAAAAACCACACCCCACCAUAAACCCCACACACACUCAUCACACUUGUUCUUCUCAUUCUUCUCAUUCCAUUCCAUAACAACACAUUAUCAAAUACCCCACUUUCAUUCCUUGCGUUUUACACUUCACUUUUCAAAAUACUUCUUUUCUCACUCUCUUAUCUUUCUCUUCAAAACUAAACAAUGCCGUCAUCGGACUCUGGUGAGAGCCGUCGAUCAAUCAAACCACAGAACCGCCCCGGAGCACCUGCACCGGAGCAAGAGAAUCUCCCAUGUCCUCGUUGUGAUUCAACCAACACCAAGUUUUGCUACUACAACAACUACAACUACUCUCAGCCGCGACAUUUCUGCAAAGCUUGCCGUAGGUACUGGACUCACGGCGGUACUCUCCGCGACAUCCCCGUCGGAGGUGGUACCCGAAAAAACGCGAAACGCUCCCGUACUCACCACGUUGCGGUCACUUCCUCUUCUUCCUCUUCUGCCGUGACAUCUGCACCGGAGCAGAACUAUCCUUCAAUGACACCGAUACAAGGAGGUUCUUUUCCGUAUGGUGGUGUUGACGGUGAAGGGAAACAGAAUAUGAGUGUUUGCGGGAGCUUCACUUCUUUGUUGAGCAACAACCCUCAACAAAACUCUGGGUUUCUUGCAUUAGGUGGAUUUGGGCUUGGGCUUGGGCACGGGCUUGGAGAUAUGGGGUUUGGGAUAGGGAGAGAGUGGAGUUUUCCUGGGAUGAUGGAUGGAUCCAACAUGGGUGUUCCCGUUGUGUCUUCUGGGAUUGGAAACUCGUGGCAGUUAGAAGGUGGCGAAACUGGUUUUGUUGGUGGUGGUGGUGAUUGUUUCUCUUGGCCUGGACUUGCAAUUUCUACACCAGGAAAUGGUCUCAAAUGAAGUCAUUUUACAUUUUUUUGUUCUAAAUUUCUUUUGGUUUCAAUGGAGGUUGCUCUGUUAGUUCAAGUUUAGGUUUUUUUCUCUCUCUGUAUGUGGCGUGUGUAUGCGGAUUUGGGUAUAAUCAUCAUCAUCUUCAAAGAUAGUACAUCUAUGACUUUUUUUAAUUUAUUUUUUGUUUAUGUUUCUUUUGAAAUCAUGUUUCAUGUGUAUGUUUCGGAUUAAGUAAUGGUGUUUUAUGACUAAAACUCUUUCAUUUUCA